AGCGGCGUUGCUUUGUAUGACAAGACUACUUAGAAUGAUCUAAGAAACACAGAUUGGUCAGGGCGAGAGUCCUACUGGAAUAAUCACAAUGUCUGAAGACUUAAGCAUCGAUGGAGUGGAUCCUAGUGUUGGCUUUUUGUACAAAGCUAUGUUACAACGAGAUCCAAAGAAAAGGAGAGUGAAGCCUGUUCAGAAACAUUUAAUUCAGGUAGACUUUGGAGGGGCUGAUGACAGUGAUGAUGACAGUGAUUUUGAAGUCAGUAAGAUAGAAGACACAGGUUCAGGUGAUUCUGAUGUGGGAGAUGAACCUGGCAAUGAUGACGAAGAGGACGUUGCUCAGGGAGAGUCCAUUGCAUCUGAAAGGGGAUCAUCUAAGGAGGUGGAGGAAGAGGAAAGUGACCUGGACUCCAUGGGAGAAUCGGCAUCAAGCAGUCACAGUGAGUCAGAGGAAGAGUCUGAUGAUGGACCUUGCAGUGUUAACAAGGCGCUGCAGAAUGUGAACUCUGAUGACGACAGUGAUGAUGAAGAUUAUAUCCCCAAGAAAGAAAAGCUGGCCAGGGAGUUGAACACAGAGACCCCCAGGAUUAAGUCCCCUGAUCAGAAAUCUCAGCCACCAGUAGAAACCCAGCAAAAUGACAGCAUGCCUGGUCACUUGAAAGUCAUCAUCUGUUGUGUGUGUCUGGGGGAUAUCCGGUACAGAGACUCGGAGCAUAUGUUUGUUGAAGAAGAUGAUGAAAUUGUGGAAUGUGAUAAUUGUGGGGCCUCAGUUCAUGAAGGUUGCUAUGGUAUCAGUGAGGCCCAGUCUGCUGCCAGCACAGAAUCGUCAGCCAGCACAGAGCCAUGGUUUUGUGAUGCUUGUAAGGCUGGCGUUAUGCCUAACUGUGAAUUGUGCCCAAACAAAGGUGGUAUAUACAAAGAGACAGAUGCUGGCAAGUGGGUACAUUUAGUGUGUGCUCUGUACAUUCCUGGGGUUGCCUUUGGGGAUGUGGAUAAGCUUAGCCCUGUGACUCUAUUUGAAAUGCCCUACUCAAAAUGGGGUGCAAAGGAGUGCUCGUUGUGCGAGGAGCCGGCCUUCUCCAGGACAGGGGUGUGUAUCAGCUGUGAUGCAGGCAUGUGCAGGACGUUCUUCCAUGUCACCUGUGCUCAGAGAGAGGGUCUUCUGUCAGAGGCUUCUCCGGAGGAGGAUAUUGCUGACCCGUUCUUUGCGUAUUGUAAGCUCCAUGCUGAUAAGGCCAGUAUGAGAGCCAAGCGACGGAACUGGCUGGCCAUUCAGUCGAGGGUGAAGAAGCAUUCAGAAAGGGAAAUAGCAGAUGACAAAGAAAGGAUAAGAAUAAACAGAAAGCUUAACAGACAUAGGCAGAAAUAUGUUAUAGCCAAAUCAAAGAGGUCACCAUCUUGGGUUCCCACAACAAAGAUGGUGCGACACCUGUCUUCCUGUCCCUCAGCUGUGAGGCGUAUGCUGAAGAAAGCCGAGGUGAUGGGCAUCAUAACACAGGUCCAGGCAGAUCCCCAUGAUAAACCUGAGAAGAGGAAGAAAUGGCACAUGUCUCCUGCCCUCUCUGUGGAGUUCAUCACACAUUUUCUGGACCGAAAUGCAAAGAUUGCAACAAAUCAAGAGAAGUUGUCUGAACUAACUAAUCAAAAUGAUUCCCUGAGGGAACAGGAAAAAGUACUGAGGCAUCAGUAUGAUCAGUCCAUGGGUGUUGUAGACAGGUUAAAACAUUCUGCAAAUCAACUAAAAGAUGAGGCAGAAAAGUUUUGGAGCAUUCUUUCCAAAAUGGGGGGAAAGCAACAACCUGUGCGAAUGCCAGAGUUUCUCACAGUGAAAAAGCCUUUGAAGUCUCCCAGUAAACGAGAGAACCCACGAUCUCCACCGGCCAUCAUCCAUCAGUGUGGCCUCUGUCACAAAAGCCAUGACCAGCAUCUACUGGCUAAAUGUGACAAAUGUAAGCUUCACUAUCACUUGGGCUGUCUUGAUCCUCCACUCACACGGAUGCCCAAGAAGACUAAGCUCCAGGGCUGGCAGUGUUCAGAGUGUGGUAGCUCCAGCAGCGAGGAAUCAGAAGAAAGCAACCUUGAUGUCAAUGCCCCAAGAAGACUUCGGGAAAAGAUUAAAGAACCCACCAAAUUCAUGCCAACUAAUGCUUACAAGUUUGAUUUCAGUAAAAUGCACGAACGUACACAAAAGCACACAGGAAAAACAAGGAAGAGUGGUCACAAGAGGAAGCAUGAAAACCAGGAAGACAAGAAACAAUCCACCGAGGAGAAAAACGAUCCUCCUGUACUCAAGAAGGAGAAGGUCAUGCCUGAAACUCCUCUGAGCGAUAAGAAACACAAACCUAAGCCAUCAGAGUUGAAGGCAGAGUGUUGUGUGUGCGAUCUAGGCGGGACUAUCUCCAAUUUGGUCAGAUGUGAUGAAUGUCAGCUGUGUUACCACUUCCACUGUUUGGACCCUCCCCUCAAGAAGACCCCAAAACAGCGUGGCUACACCUGGCACUGUGAAGCCUGUGACCCUACUGACAACUCUGAUGAGUUUGAGCUUGAAGAGGAUGCUCCCAGUGAGAAGAGUCCACCACCUCCACUACUGAAGAAGGAAUUUUCAAGUGGAGACGACUCCGCUGGCAAAGGCACUCCCUCCAAAGUGAAAUCAAAACAUGCACGUUGAUUUUCAGACAUUAACGCUUGUAGAUAUGGGCACAAUGUGUUAAUACAUCAGCUGUUUUGAAGUCCAGCUGCGGAUGUACACUACUGGAUUCAACAGCUUCCUAAACUCAUCGGGAUAGUCAGCUUUUUGUCCAACUACUACAUGCGCUUUUGUAACUGCCGAUGUGUAUAGUUCGUCAAUAUUGUGUUGCAUUGUGCAAAGCUGUACAAUAUGAGACGUGAGAGAACUAUGUCAGCAGAUAUUUGAC